AUGACACUCCUGGGGUCCGAGCACUCUUUGCUGAUUAGAAGCAAGUUCAGAUCAGUUUUACAGUUACGACUUCAACAGAGAAGGACCCAGGAACAGCUGGCUAAUGAAGGCAUCAUACCACCCCUGAGAAGCCCACCUGCAUUCCAUGAGCAAAGAAGACAUCUGGAGAGUGACAAGGCUGCAGACACCCUGAAGCACAAGGUCAGAAACAGGUCCGACCGUGGGAACGUGGUUAAAAUGCACAUACUCCAAGCCUCCAGUGCAGAGAGGCCCGUCCCCGCCGCGCAGAUGAAGCUGAAAAGGGCCCGACUCGCCGACGACCUCAAUGAAAAAAUCGCCCUCCGGCCGGGGCCCCUGGAGCUGGUGGAGAAGAACAUCCUCCCCGUGGACUGUGCCGUGAAAGAGGCCAUAAAAGGGAACCAAGUGAGUCUCUCCAAAUCAGCGGAUGCCUUUGCCUUUGAAGAGGACAGCAGCAGCGACGGGCUUUCUCCAGAUCAGACGCGAAGUGAAGACCUCCCGGGCUCGGCCGGGUCCCCCCUGGACACGAAAGCAGCAGAGACCCCUUUGGCGGGUCCCCGGGGGACAGUCCAGGAUCUCACUUUGGGCUCGGAGAAUGAGAGAAAUGACUCGGCCCCACAGUCCGGCAACCAGUCAGACCUGGGGAAGCAGGGGCUCGGCCCCCUGGGGAGCCCCCUCCCCGUGCACGCGGCUGUAAAGUCCAAGUCCUUGAGCGACGGUAAGAACCGCCACAAAAAGCCCAAAGACCCCAAGCCCAAGGUGAAGAAGCUCAAGUACCACCAGUAUAUCCCUCCGGACCAGAAGGCGGAGAAGUCGCCUCCCCCCAUGGACUCUGCUUACGCCCGGCUGCUCCAGCAGCAGCAGCUGUUCCUGCAGCUCCAGAUCCUCAGCCAGCAGCAACAGCACCGGUUCAGCUACCCCGGGAUCCACCAAGCUCAGCUCAAGGAACCAAAUGAACAGAUGGCCAGAAAUCCAAACUCUUCUUCAGCACCGCUGAGCAGUACCCCUUUGUCUCCUGCCAAAAACAGUUUUUCUGGACAAACUGGUGUCUCUUCUCUCAAACCAGGCCCUCUCCCAUCCAACCUAGAUGAUCUGAAGGUCUCCGAGUUAAGACAACAGCUUCGAAUACGAGGUUUGCCGGUGUCCGGCACCAAGACGGCCCUCAUGGACCGGCUGCGGCCCUUCCAGGACUGUUCCGGGAACCCCGUGCCCAACUUCGGCGACAUAACGACUGUCACUUUUCCAGUGACGCCCAGCAACGCGCUGCCCAGUUACCAGUCCUCCCCAUCCACCAGCGCCUUCUACCACUUCGGCAGCACCAGCUCCAGCCCCCCGAUCUCGCCCGCCUCCUCCGACCUGUCGGUGGCGGGGUCCCUGCCCGACACCUUCAACGACGCCUCCCCGUCCUUCGGCCUGCAUCCGUCCCCGGUGCACGCGUGCGCCGAGGAGAGCCUCAUGAGCAGCCUGAACGGGGGCUCCCUGCCUCCGGAGCUGGACGGGCUGGACUCCGAGAAGGACAAGAUGCUGGUGGAGAAGCAGAAGGUGAUCAACGAGCUCACCUGGAAGCUCCAGCAGGAGCAGCGGCAGGUGGAGGAGCUGAGGAUGCAGCUGCAGAAGCAGAAGAGAGGCACCUGUCCUGAGAAGAAGCCGCUGCCCUUCCUGGCGGCCCCCAUCAAGCAGGAAGACGCUGGCUCCAGCUGUCCCUUUGCACCCCUGCCAAGAGCUGUGAAAAGGCAGAGCAACAGCUCAGAGGAGCAGCCGGCGGCCGGCGAUGCUGCUCGGCUCCGGCCACUUGGGAACACCCACUGCGCGGAGUCCUCAGGUCAAACCAAUGUACUUUCGUCCACGUUUCUCAGCCCGCAGUGCUCCCCGCAGCAUUCGCCCUUCGGGGCAGUGAAAAGCCCGCAGCACAUCAGUUUGCCCCCAUCGCCGAACAACCCUUACUUCCUGCCAGCAUCUUCAGGGGCCCCGGGAGAAGAGCACAGGGUCUCCUCACCUGUCAGCAGCCAGGUGUGCACUGCACAGAUGGUUGGCUUACACUCUUCAGACAAAGCAGGGCCAAAGUUUUCAAAUCCAUCCCCGACUUUUUCUAAGUCAGCCUCAGCAGUUUCGGAGAUCACACAGCCUCCAUCCUAUGAAGACGCGGUGAAGCAGCAAAUGACUCGGAGUCAGCAGAUGGAUGAACUCCUGGAUGUCCUCAUUGAAAGCGGAGAAAUGCCAGCUGAUGCCAGAGAGGACCAUUCAUGCCUUCAAAAAGUCCCAAAGAUACCCGGGUCUUCCCGAAGCCCGACCGCCGCCCUCCCCAAGCCCUCGGCGACCUUCGAUCAAGCAUCCUCCGGAGGCCAGCUGGCCUUCGAUCACUACAGCAACGACAGCGACGAGCACCUGGAGGUCCUAUUAAACUCCCAGAGCCCCCUGGGGAAGGUGAGCGAGGUCGCCCUUCUGAAAAUCGGGAGCGAGGAGCCUGCUUUCGACGGGAUGGCAGACGGCUUCUCGGGGAAGGCUGCCGAAGAGCUUUUCAACGCGCACGAGAUCCUGCCCGGCCCCCUCUCCCCGAUGCACACUCAGUUUUCACCCUCUUCCGUGGACAGCAGCGGGCUGCCCCUGGGCUUCACCGAGUCUCCGUGGGAAAGCAUGGAGUGGCUGGACCUCACGCCGCCCAGCUCCACGGGCUUCAGCUCCCUCUCCACCGGCGGCCCCAGCAUCUUCAACAUCGAUUUCCUGGAUGUCACAGAUCUCAAUUUGAAUUCCCCCAUGGACCUGCACUUACAGCAGUGGUAG